AUGAAUGUGGCUGCUUACAUUCUAGACUGUGGUGUCCCUGUGCGGAAUUACCACGUCGAGAGUGCCAUUCUCUCGACGGAUUAUCAGUCUCUUAGCCUAGUUAUGGCCAACGGCUAUAACAUCAACCAACCAAUUUCCUGGAAUAUACCUUCACUACUUAUCCAGGGGCUCUGCGAGUGGCUACUCGAACAUGAUGCAGAUCCAAACGCCCAGUGCGUUCUUGAUAUUACCCCUCUUUCGAUCGCAGUCCAAGAAGCCCCGUUUGAGGUCAUAAAACUGCUUUUUGAAAACAAUAGCUCUAUCGAAUAUGGACAGCUGUUGCAUUACGCGGUACGAAGGAGCAAUGUCGACUAUCUCGAGGUCUUAGAAUUCAUUUUCGAUAAACGUCCGUCCAUCAACCAAGUGAUAUUUGAGAAUCACCCUACCUCUUACGACUUACGAAAACCCUUUGGGAUUUAG